AUGCCUUCCGCUGGUGGUAGUCUAAGAUCAACGCGCAAAAGGACGAUGACAUCUUGCUUGGAGUGUUAUCGCAGAAAGCAAAAGGUUCCGGCCUCCACUUCUCCCGCUAUUGAAGACUUUAGCCGUCUGACGUUUAUUCAGUGCGAUCCCUCGAUAAUGCCACAGUCUUCUGGGGCCUGGGAUCAACAAUCGAGAAUGCCGGAAGAUCAAGGCGAAAAUGUGACGACGCGAGAUGACCAAGUGGGAGGUCACUCGGGCUCAGGCAACCUGGGUUAUUCGUUGGUCCCUGGAAGCAACUCCUUUGUGGGGUUCCAACAGGUUCUCGGGAAUGAAGAGUUUCAGAGCAUGACUGCCGCACAAAGCAACGCUUCAAUACCCAUCCUUUCGCGAAUCAAUGCCGAGACACUAGUUUCGAACCUGCCGCCAAGGCCUGUCAUCCAAAGUCUAGUUAACUUGUUCUUCGUUGAAGUCAACUGGCAUUACUUUAUCCUCGAGAGAUUUUAUUUUGAUGACCUGUUUUCGCGUUGGCCACUUGGUGAGGAAACAGAGCCUGUGAGCUAUCUGAGCCGCGAACAGCUAUUCACAGAGUUACGUUACUUUUCUGCUGUGCUUUUCCAACUCAUUGCCUUGACACUGCAAUUCUUACCACCGGACGCAUUAGACUUGGUUCAAUUGUCGGCGAAUGAGCUAGCUGCCCCACAAACAUACAGCGAUCUGGGCGAUGAGCUAUUGUCAGUUUUAGGUAGGCCAGGGGUUGCUCUGGCUGCAGUCCAAGCGGACUUCCUGAGAUCAUCAUGUCUGAAGAAUUAUGGCCGGGGGACUGAGUCUUGGCAUGCAUUGGGACAUGCCAUCAGGCAAGCCCAGGAACUCGGACUGCAUCGCCAUAAGGAAAUCUAUCAGCCAGAUCAAGCCAACGUUGACAAGACGUUGAGUUUAUUCUGGUAUGAAGAACACAAGAAACACCUAUGGAUCAAUUUAUUUGUGUGGGAUAGUUUCAUGGCCAUGAUCCUUGGCCGUCCACGGAUGAUACACAGGGAUGACUGUGAUGCAAAGCUUCCUAUGGAGUGCAGUAUACCCAGGAACCCUUCCACGGCUGUACCUAUGGCGGUGCGUCCUGACGAAAGUCCCAGCACUACAACAGUAUCGGCAUCUUUAUUUCGAUAUGCAAUCGCAUGCAAGAUUCAUGAAAUGCGAGCUAUUAAAGCGGAUUAUCCUCAUCCUAAAGUCUACUCUGUCGUCCGAAAGCUCCAGGAGGAUACUACUUCAUCACUAAAUGGCUUGCCAUCCUCAAUUCGGCCCGAUUAUCCGGAUACGUCAUGGGACCUGGAAUGUCCCUACCUUCCUCAUCUGAGAGAAGAACUUAAAAUGACGGCGAACUUGUUCCUUAUGAAUUUGCACAGGCCGUAUAUUUUCUCUAGUACAGAGAGUCGAAAAGCCGCUUUGCAGGCCGCGUUUACCACGCUUGACUCCCAAUUGCGCUCUUUCGCACAAGCUAAACAACAUCAGUAUCACCUAUUUGGCCUCGCAUUCUAUACUGUUGAUGCCGCUUUUCUUCUCUCGAUCAUCGCGAUCUCAUGUCCUCCAGAAAAUCACGAAGCGAGGCAAAAUAUCGAAAACAUUCUCCAUCGAUCUAUCGAGAGUCUCUCAACUAUGGAGCGUUACAAUCCCAUAGCCAAAACGGGGUUGGAUAUUGUCCAACGUUGUUACAUAAAGCUCAAGGAAGCUUUCAAACCCCCCAGUAACACUUCUGGACCAACCCCUGUCCCGCGUGGCCCUUCCAACACCGUCUUGCAAAACCUGAUGAGGGACCUGAACGAGGAAUCCCACGAUCCAUCGGUGAAUUCGCUGCGCGAUUCCCGUCAACACGCCCGCAGUCCUGAGCUCGGUUCCUCUGCUUUUACGUCCCACGUAUUCCAGGACAAUUUUAGCCAAACGUAUUGGUUGGAGCAACUGAAUCAGAUCCAACCAUCUCUACUCUACGAGCAAGAUGCGUACGGGGUGUGGGGAAAUUUUUAUUUUGAUUGA